ACUACAGUCUUUUGUUCUUGUAACCUUGUUUCUCUCUCUCUCUCUCUCUCUCUCUCUGCCACCACACAUCACACCCAACAGUCUCAGCAUUGUUGCAGUAACAACUGCACCACUGCUUCAUCUGUGUGCUGCUCCUGCUUCACCUCAUCACAGACAAACAAAAGGGCCCCCAAAAAAGUAAUUAAAAAUAUUAAAGAAAAAGAGGAUAAAAAUCCAAUUUUUAUAUGAAUCAUAAUGAAAGUUUGGUUUUAUGCUACCCUAAAAUAAACCCAUUUAAUUUUACUAUGCAAUUGUAAAAGUAAAAAGAAAAGAAACCCAAAAAAGAAACAAAAGGGUAUUCAGCUGAGAGAGUGAUAGCUCAGUGGAAGAGAGAGAAAAGACAGAGAGAGAGAGAGAGAGAGAGAGAGAGAGAGAGAGAGAGAGAGAGAGAGAGAGAAAGAAAGAGGGUCUCUUUCUUUUUGGGGUCACACAACUUCUUUUAGGAAUGCCAAAGUUACUCAACAAAAACAUCACAAACUCUGAAAAAAUGCAGUCAUGAAAUCACUCAUUGAAAAAAUCUUCACAAAAAUCAAACAAAUUUUUUCAACAUACCCACUUGUUAACAUUGGUAAAAGAAGAAACUUUUUCACAUGGGGUUAAUCGAUCUCAACACUACUGAGGAAGAUGAAACUCCUUAUUCAGCUAUUUCUUCUUCCUCUUCUUCUUCUCACUCUGGUAUAAGUACUUCUGCUUCAGCUAUGGCUGUUCCUCUUCAAACUUCUGUUUGUUUGGAACUAUGGCAUGCUUGUGCUGGUCCUUUGAUCUCUUUACCAAAGAAAGGAAGCAUUGUUGUUUAUGUUCCACAGGGUCACUUUGAACAAGCUCAUGAUUUUCCUGUUUCUGCUUGUAAUAUUCCACCUCAUGUUUUCUGUCGUGUUCUUGAUGUUAAGCUUCAUGCAGAGGAAGGGAGUGAUGAAGUGUAUUGUCAAGUCUUGUUGGUUCCUGAAAAUCAGCAAGUGGAGCAAAAUGUUCGGGAAGGGGUAAUCGAUGUUGAGGCGGAAGAGGAGGAUGCUGAAGCUAUUGUGAAGUCAACAACACCUCAUAUGUUCUGCAAGACUCUCACAGCUUCUGACACUAGCACUCAUGGAGGAUUCUCAGUGCCUCGUCGAGCAGCCGAAGAUUGCUUUCCUCCCCUGGAUUACAGCCAGCAGAGACCUUCACAAGAACUUGUAGCUAAGGAUCUCCAUGGCUUGGAGUGGAGGUUCCGUCACAUAUAUAGGGGGCAGCCAAGGAGGCAUUUGCUGACAACCGGGUGGAGUGCAUUUGUGAACAAGAAGAAGCUUGUGUCUGGCGAUGCUGUGUUGUUUCUUAGGGGUGAUGAUGGAGAACUGAGACUAGGGAUUCGAAGGGCGGUGCAGUUGAAAAGUUCUGGUUCCUUUGCAGCUCCUUCUGGUAUGCAGUUGGAUCCUGGCUCUCUCAUGGAUGUCGUGAAUGCUUUAUCUAAAAGAACUGCCUUCAGCGUUUGCUAUAAUCCAAGGGUCAGUUCUUCGGAAUUCAUCAUACCUGUCAACAAAUUCAUGAAGAGCCUUGAUUGUUCUUAUUCUGUUGGAAUGAGGUUCAGGAUGCGUUUUGAAACUGAAGAUUCUGCAGAACGAAGAUUUACUGGAUUAAUUGCUGGAAUAAAUGAUGUGGAUCCUGUUCGAUGGCCAGGAUCAAAAUGGAAAUGCCUGUUGGUAAGGUGGGAUGACAUAGAAGCAUCAAGGCAUAAUAGGGUUUCCCCUUGGGAAAUUGAGCCAUCUGGUUCUGCUUCUGCUUCCAGCAACCUCAUGGCGGCUAGUUUGAAGAGGACCAGGAUUGGAAUCACUUCAGGGAAGCUAGAAUUUCCAGUUCCUAAUGGAAUUGGAGCGUCAGACUUUGGGGAAUCUUUGAGGUUCCAAAAGGUCUUGCAAGGUCAAGAAAUUAUGGGCAUUAAUACUCCCUAUGACAGUAUUAAUGCUCAGAGUCCCCGGUUAUAUGAGCUAGGGAGAUGCUAUCCUGGUUCAAACUGUUCCGGGAUUGCUGCAACAGGAAAUAUCAGAAUGGCGCAAGCAACUUCUGAUUUCCCAGGUAACAGCACAGGCUUUAGUGAAUCCUUCCGAUUCCAAAAGGUCUUGCAAGGUCAAGAAAUUCUUCCAUGUCCACCCUACGGUCGAGCCUCAUUUGACGAGACCCGUGGAAAUGGUUGCUUUGGACGUUAUGAUGGUUAUCAACUUCUCGGCUCCAGAAAUGGAUGGCCUGCACAGAUGCAUGACAAUUCUUCACAUUUGCAUGCAUCUGUCACAGCUGGACAAGUUUCAUCUCCAUCAUCUGUGUUGAUGUUCCAGCAUGCUGUUAAUCCAGUUUCAAACUCUCGUUAUGAUAUUGGUAAUCGCAAUCAGGGUUCAUACAUAACUGAAGCGAAAAGUGGAAUGUUUGUGCCUACCAUAUCCGACAAACCUAUCUUCUCUAGUGGACUAGCUCAAGAAGGCAUGAAUUCUUUCGGUACCAAUAAUUUUCUUAAUAAUACUCAGUUUGACAGUUCAAGGUCUCGUGAUUCGGUGUCAACAUUGAGAGGCAAUCAAGAUAUGGUUUCGUCAUGUAAAACUGGCUGCAGACUCUUUGGAUUUUCAUUAACUGACGACACACAUGUUGGAAAUAAAGAGGCUGCUGUUGCCUCUACCAUCACUUCUCGAUUCAAUAAGGACUAUGGUGGCGGUUGAGAGUAUCUUCACCAAAGGUGUAUUUCAGUAUUGACCUGAGAAUCAACUGAUACUGGAAUGAAAGAUAACCGAAGAAUGUGUGCUGUUUAUGUGUUUUUGUUGAAUUAAUAACUUUUGAUUUCAUGAAACAUGAACAUUGUUAUUCCAUUUGUGUAAUUUAUAUUUUGAAGUGUUUAUGUAUUAAACUUAUGUGUACUCUUUGUUAUCCCAAGAGAUGCAUUGUAUUGUGUAAAACUAUUUAUGGUAAGCUUAUGGCAUAUUUAUCCAA